AUGUCAGAUAGAAGCAACGAACCUACCCAGAACUCUGGACAGCCGUUUAACUUUGCCGCCUCAUUCCGCGAGACUGACCCACCAAACCCCAAUUGGCAACUGAGGCAGGGCCUCCCAGACCAUGUCGAACCUGGAAAGUCGUGGAAAGCAGAAGAAGAGAAAGGCUGGAAGACUUGGAACCUCUCAGACAUAUCGCCAAGGGAGAUAUAUCCUUUAUUGACUUCAUGCAUCGUGCCUCGCCCCAUCGCGCUUGUGUCCAGCACGUCUUCCGAUGGGAUACCUAACCUUGCUCCCUACUUUUCGAUGGUCGCGCACAAUCCGCCGUUAUUGAGCAUUUCCUUCUCUCAUUCUCCGCGGACUGGGAAGUCAAAAGAUACCAAAGAAAAUAUACUCGCGACAAAACAGUUUACCGUAAGCAUCGUCAGCGAACCAUUCAUAGAAGCAGCAAAUAUCACAACUGUCGACGCCCCUGCUGAUAUCGACGAGUGGGACAUCAGUGGUCUAACCAGAUCUGCCAGCAUAGACGUGAGGCCCCCAUGGGUCAAAGAAAGUGCCAUCAGUUUUGAAUGCGAGUUGUUCCAUUCCUACGAGAUUCGUCCGCCCAAUUCGGACGAGGUCACGAACACAUUGGUCUUGGGCCUCAUAAAGCGGACACAUAUUAGAGAGUCCGUUUUGACUGCAAGCGGGACCGUUGAUCCCGCUAAGCUUCGGGCCGUGUCACGCUUAGGCGGUGAUAUGUACGCCAGGAUCGGUGAAGGUUUCGAACUUUCCAGGCCACCUUGGACAGUGAUACGAGGUCAAGUCACGUCUGAAACAGAGUAG